CGGAGUAUCGUUUGUACGGUCGUGGUGUACUUCUAUCCUCCGUUUUUCGCUCCAGUUUCGUCCCUCUUCCUUUCAAUAUUUUUCCGAGCAACGCUGACGCAUCGGUGCACCCUUCUCAUAAUAAACAGCGAGGUUGGAUGCGUAAAAAUCAUAAUAGUGCUCGUAAUGAGUAGUUAAAACGUUGCAUUCUCAUCUCAUCUCCGUCGUGUACGUGUGUGUGUGCUUUUUUACGAAGAAAUUCAUCGACGGUGCUGUAACAUUAAAAGAAAAUAAAUUUACGUUACUUUCCACUUAAACGUGUGUCCUUGGAAAAAGAAAAAUGACCAAGUACUCAACACUCACGGCCGUGGUGUUCCUUUUUGGAUUUCUUGGACACAGCUAUUCGCAAGAAAAUAUGCCCACAGCUGAGGAGGUGUUACAUAAAGUAUCUAAUAUCGUAGAUACAAAUAAUCUUAACAUAUCAGGAAAUACAGAUUUGAAUACUCAGCUUAACUCAUCUGUGAUACAAGCUAUCGACGAAGUGAAGAAUGUUUUUAAACAAAAAUGUGAUAAAAACGGAGGACCUGACGCAUACGACAAUGCCCAGAACGCUAAAGAUCGCUUGGAGCAGUGCCUUAAAUCGUUUGUUAAUAUUACAGAGUUAGAGCAUGAAAUGGAAAUAAACAAGCCUGUUGGAAAUUUGGACAUGGUGUUCAAAAAAUACUGCCAGAAAACGCCUGUUCUUAAAAAAUGUAUCAGCGACUUUACCACAUCUAUAGAGCCUUGUUUGGAACCAGCUGAACGAGAAAAUAAAAAGAUCGUUCAAAAUAUUACCGAUUCCCUCUUAAAUUUUGUCUGCUACAAAGAAGGAGAUCGUAUUGCUCUUUUCAUAUCUGCUAAUGGACCAGAAUGUUUACAAUCAAAGCAACAAGCAAUUCAAAACUGUAUUAAUACAACAUUUGGUAGUUACGCACCUCCCCUUGAUUUUAACAACGGAUCUGCGCCUGGAUUGGACAAUCUCCCAUCCUUAAUUCUGGGAAACAAAGAAUGCAACGAUAUCUCCAGCCUUCAGGACUGUGUGGUGAAAGAAUUGGAAAAGUGUUCGGAUCCAACACCUGCAAAUGUUGUAGAUUCUAUAUUCAGAUUUAUCUUAAAAGAAACUCCGUGCCGAAAUAUAAUAUUAGAUCAUAGUGCCGCUUCAACCUCUACAGUUAGUUUGCUGGUAAUAAUGACUAUAGUAUGUUUAUUGUUAAGUUUCGCAUAAAAUAAAUUGGAAUAAGUUUUGUAUAUUCUACAAAGGCCAACUCCAGAAACAUAAAUUCCAUUAUGUUGGAACAAAAUAUAUUAUGUGGUAUCGUAUUUGACAAAACAGUCAUUUAGGUAUUCACAAAAUUUCUAUAGAAAGUAAAUUAAUAUAUGGAAGUUGUAAAGAAAUUCUUUUUUUUAUCAAUUCACUUAAAUACAAUUAUUAUCGUCCAUCGAUUCAGGUGCUUCAGAAUACUGACAUUUAUGAAUGUCUGUCUGAAUAUAUAAGCUAAAGUAAUUUGUAAAUUAUGAUUGUAGUAGAACCUACAAUUUUCUUCAAUUUUGCUACACUUGGUAUAUGAGUAUUAAAUUUUGUACUAUAGCAAAACGAUUGAUACAAAUUUGUAAUAUAAAUAUUAUUAAUUAUAUGUAAUAAUACAACUCAUGGUUGUAUUCAUCAUUCACCUUUAAUUCAUUACAUUGAAAACGUACAGUAGGGAAAUUCAUUGACCCAUUAUAUAUAACUUUACAUUGUUGUCACAAUGAAACUACAUCAUUGUGAAGAAGGAACUUAAAAAGUUAAUAUUUAUAUUUUUUAAUAUUGUUUCUGUAUUUAAAAAAUACAAAGUAGCAGAUAAUUGCAACGAAAA